CAUUAUUUGAGGCAUAAUAUCUUCGACAAUCAUCACGCAGCCAUUCCAAAGCAUAAAACAAAAGACCAACAACAAGAAACACUGCCACCAAAGUCCAAUUCCCUCAUGCUUCAAUUACUGAUAAAACCAAUGAAAAGGUUGCUGUGUUUAUUGCCAUAAAUAUAGACACAUAUAGCAUCUAAUCAAGGUAUAUUUCUAUAUGCCUUUAUUUGUCCUUAAACUCAUCAAAUUAAAUAAACACCUUCAUACAUAAAUAGAUAAAUAUAAACCUCACUGCUUCAUCACUAGAAUUGCGAGGUAGCCAAAUUAUACACACAAACAUGGGAAACAACAUAUCAUGCAAAUGCUCCUACACAUCAAAAGAAAAAGUGCUUGUGAUGAGAGAGGAUGGAAGCAUUCUCAAGUUCAAGAAGGGCAUACAUGCAAAGGAUAUCACCGCCAUGUAUGAAGGUUAUAGAUUAGUAAGAUGUUGUUCCGAGCGAACGGUGAUGCCAGGGAAGGCGGAACUCGAGUGCGCCCGGCUUUAUUUUCUUGUGCUGAAGAACUCGGCGAGAUCUAAAGAAACUUAUGAGAAGAUGUUGAACGUGUGUGAAUCAAAAGGGAUGGUGCAAAGAGGAACAAAUAAAAGAGAAGACAAAGAGGGAGAUCAUACAAAGAGGAGUAUUAGUAGUGUUCUUAGUAUUAAUAAUAGUGAAAUUAUUAAGAGAUGUGACUCUUGGGUACCAGAGUUGAAGACCAUACCUGAGAUUGCUUCUCCAGCAGUGUGAUUUAUAUAUGAGCAUGCUUAUAUAGUUAACUUAUUAUUAUUAUAAAAUAAGAUGGUUAAGUUUUAUAUGAUCAUAGUAAGUGUGUUUGUUUUAAUUGCAUUUUAAAUUAUCAAUUAAUAUCAUGAUCAGUCAUAUAUAUACAAAUGUGUGUAUAUGAAGGUUAUAAUUAAAUACAAUGAUAAAUUUAGAAGUUUAGGAAAAGAGAUACUCCUUCUUGGUUGACAUACAACCAUGUAAAAUAAUUAUUUUGUGAAAUAUAAAUGAAACAAAAACAUCUAAAUGA